GUGCUCCACCAGCAAUAAAGGCAGAUGUGCCUAAGGGCCAGGCCUGGGGUGGCACAGAUGCGGCGGCCGGGGACCACUCUCUGAGGCCCAGGGACUUGCCCAGCUGCUUGCCUGUCUAGAGAACCCAUCAUGGGCCACCCAGCUGUCCUUCUCACCGUGGCUCUGGCCACCCUCCUGGCUGCAGCAGCAGGGGCACCCAUCCUCAGGCAGGGCUCUCGGAACAAGCUGCUACUGGUAUCCUUCGAUGGUUUCCGCUGGAACUAUGACCAGGACGUGCACACUCCCAACCUGGACGCCAUGGCGCUGGACGGGGUGAAGGCUCGCUACAUGACCCCGGCUUUUGUCACCUUGACCAGCCCCUGCCACUUCACCCUGGUCACUGGCAAAUACAUCGAGAACCACGGGGUGGUUCACAACAUGUAUUACAACACGAGCAGCAAGGUGAAGCUGCCUUAUCACACCACACUGGGCAUCCAGCACUGGUGGGACAACGGCAGCCUGCCCAUCUGGAUCACAGCCCAGAGGCAGGGCCUAAAGACGGGCUCCUUCUUCUACCCGGGCGGGAAUGUCACCUACCAAGGCGAGGCCGUGACGCUGAGCCGGAAGGAAGGCGUCCUGCACAACUACAAGGACGAGGCGGAGUGGAGGGCCAACAUCGACACCGUGAUGAAGUGGUUCACAGACGAGGGCCUGGACCUGGUCACGCUCUACUUUGGGGAGCCAGACUCCACGGGUCACAAGUACGGCCCCGAGUCGCAGGAGAGGAAGGAGAUGGUGAUGCAGGUGGACAGGACCGUGGGCUACCUCCGGGACAGCAUCCGGCACAGCGGCCUGGAGAGCAGCCUCAACCUGAUCAUCGUGUCCGACCACGGCAUGAGCACCGUCCACAAGAAAGCCGACGACCUGGUGGAGUUCCACCAAAUCGCUAACUUCACGUUCAAGGACAUUGAGUUUGAGCUCCUAGACUACGGACCAAACGGGAUGCUGCUCCCCAAGGAGGGGCUGCUGGAAAAGGUGUAUGAGGUCCUCAAGGACGCCCACCCCCGACUCCACGUCUACAAGAAGGAGUUCUUCCCCAAGUCCUUCCACUACGCCAAUCACCCCCGGGUUACCCCCCUGCUCAUGCACAGCGAUCUCGGCUACGUCAUCCACGGACGACUGAACGUGCAGUUCAACACGGGGGAGCACGGCUUUGACAACGGGGCCAUGGACAUGAAGACCAUCUUCCGGGCCGUGGGCCCCAGCUUCAGGAGGGGCCUGGAGGUGGAGCCCUUCGAGAGCGUCCACGUGUACGAGCUCAUGUGCCGGCUGCUGGGCAUCGUGCCCGAGGCCAACGACGGGCUCCUCAGCACGCUGCUGCCCACGCUCCAGGAGGCCGACGACGGGCUCCUCAGCACCCUGCCGCCCACGCUCAGCUCCGAGGCCAGUAGCAGGUUGCAUAGCACCUCACUGGCCACGACCCCGUCAGGGUCUGCUCUCCUGCCAAGUGGCCGACCCCCCUUGGUGACAGGACUGCUGGUGGCUGCAGUUCUUCUGGCCAGGGUCUCAUAACACCCACUGCUCAAGGCCCACCUCUUCCAGGAAGCUUCCAGAAGCUGCUUACAGAGCCUGCGCCUGAUCCUGCUGUGACACAGAUGACUGGACAUGGAUGGGCCUGUCUGCUCAGCUGACUGAGGACACCAGCACACCUGUGUCCCCAGGUGUGGGACAGCUCACACCUGGCCAUGGUGGUACUGGCAAUACACCCCCUGCCCAGGUUUAGGUCUCCAGACGGGCAGGCCGGCUCACCAGUCCACUGCACCCCCAGACCCACGGAGUGCCCCAUGCCUUCCCCCUCCGCCCUUCCUCUCAUUGCUGAGCUGCCCCAUGGGGGUGCAGCCCUUUGGGACUACAGGGGGUGCUUGGGAGCCUGCAAGUGAAGGUGCAGUGGGCCUGCUGGUCUCCCUGCUCAGGCAGAACCCUCAGAUCCUGGGACCCCAACCUCCAGCUCAGGCGGGCGGUGAGGCCCUGCCCUGGAGCUCCCAGCCAAGAGUCUGCACAGCUCCGGCCCAGGGGGCACUGUCUCCAUCUGGGCUGAGCAGCUCCUGCACAUGGGCCACUAGGAGGGCACAGCCCGGCAGAAUGCAUGGAGAGGAGUAAAAGGCAGGAAUGGUCACCACCGAGUCCCAGUGCCAUCGUGGGGGCACCCUUUUAUUCUAAAGCCUGUUGGUUUUGUAUAGCCUUCCGCCUUGACCCCAGUGUACAAUAAACUAAUUUUGAGGAGGCUCCCAAAUGCAUGGGAACCCACACAUUCUUG